CCACGAAGUGGAUGUGAUUCCUUAUCUCCAAACAAACACCAUCACCCUUCCGUCCCCGUCAUUUAAUCGGCCAUCCUCAACCAAAACCACCAAACUCACAAAUGGAAGCUCUGCUUCUGAGUAAACCUGUUUCCCACUUCAGAUUUACUUCCAAACACAAACAUUCUUCACCUCUUUUCACUUUUCCCGCACGAUCUCUUCGCCUUCAACCGACUGAAGCCGCCUUAUUCACCUUCCGCGCCAUUCAAAAUCAAGAAAAGCAAAUUUUCCAGGACACGCCCGCUCCCGUCGACAAGGAGGAUGAAUCCUACGGAGAAGUUAAAGGUAUUAUCGGAAGCAGAGCCCUUGAAGGCGGUACUGGCAUGGAGUAUCUGAUCGAAUGGAAAGAUGGUCAUGAGCCCUCCUGGGUCCCCUCCGAUUUUAUCGCCAAAGACGUGGUGGCCGAGUACGAGACCCGGUGGUGGACUGCGGCCAGGAAAGCCGACGAAGCAGCUCUCAAGCAGCUCAUUGACGCCGACGACGGCAGGGACAUCGACGCGGUCGACAGUGACGGGCGAACCGCGCUCCUGUUCGUGUCGGGUCUGGGGUCGGAGCCGUGCGUGAGGGCCCUGGCCGAAGCGGGGGCAAAUCUGGACCAUCGAGAUAAUUCGGGGGGACUGACGGCGCUCCACAUGGCGGCCGGAUACGUGAGGCCGGGCGUGGUGAAGCUUCUGGUGGAUCUGGGGGCGGACGUUGAGGCGGAGGACGACAGGGGACGGACGCCGCUGGAGCUGGCGAAGGAAGUUCUGAACGCAACACCGAAGGGGAACCCGAUGCAGUUCGGGAGGAGGAUAGGGCUGGAGAGCGUGAUAAGAUAUCUGGAGGGGGCAAUAUACGAGUACGCGGAGGUGGAGGGGAUAGCGGAGAAGAGAGGGAAGGGGGAAAACACGGAGUAUUUGGUGAAAUGGAAAGACGGAGGGGAGAACGAGUGGGUGAAGGCGAAGUAUGUAGCAGAGGAUGUGGCUGGAGACUACGAAGCGGGACUGGAGUAUGCGGUGGCGGAGAGAGUGAUGGGGAGAAGAGAGGGGGAGGAGGGGAAGGCAGAGUUUCUGGUGAAAUGGGCGGACAUGGAGCAGCCCACGUGGGAGCCCCAAGAGAAUGUGGAUCCUCAGCUCGUACGGGAAUUUGAGGAGGCCCAAAACACCAGCCCGCCCUGACACUUGGGCCUCACAAUUGAGAUGAGAGUAGUCUGAUUUAAUUAAUGGCAAUGGAAUUACGGGGAAAGCUGGUUGGGGGCGGAGAUUAGGCGGGUUGAGUUGUAGUUGGGAAUGAGAUGGGGGCAGGGGCAGGAUGUUUUCCUUGUUUGUGUGGGGGGAGGAAAUUGAGAGAGAAGGCAAAGGACGAGGAGAGGACGGCAUUAGAAAAGCGUAUGCGAUUGAAUUCAAUCAUGUAUGUACAUUCAACAUGAGAUUAGAUCAGAGAUAGGCGUGUUGUUGAAAAAGUAAAAGCAACGACGUGGUGCAGACUGCAGACUGCUCUCAGAAUUGGGCCCACAUAAGUUUGUGUUCAAACCAAACUCAUUUGAACAUUUUUGCCCGCCCCUUGAGCUUUGUGAGUCAAGCAACGUUCUCCCGUGUCACAAAAACGUUGAAUUGUUUUGUGCUGCUAACGCCCAUUCAUUCAUUUCA